UUGCCCGAUUGCCCGGCCUUGCGCUUCGUCUUUGCACCUUCGACAAAAACAACCAAUUUUUUGUCCGCACCACGAUCCGGCGAUACCCCAGUUCACCUGAUAGUCGGAGCACAUUUAUUUAAGAUUUAAUUUCUGUGGAGUUUUCACCUCGAGAGCAUCAGAAUGGAUAUGAUGCAGCAGCAUCAACAGUUGAUGGUGUCCCCGGCCAAGCGAGGGCGCAAACCUAAGGAGGGCAAACAGAAGAGAAAGAGACGACCCAAGCCAACAGACCACAUCAAGAAGCCCAAGACUGGCUACUUCUACUACCUGGAGGCGUUCAGGAAGAACUUCGGCAAGAACGGAGAGCAGAUUCCUCGGGCCAGUGAAAUAACAAAGGCAUGUGGAGCCAAGUGGACCUCCAUGAAUGAAACCGAAAGGAAACCCUAUGCCGAGCUGGCGUUAACUGACAGAGAGAGGUAUCUUGCCCAGAGAGAAAUGUUCACAAAGAAGCGUGACCCGGACAAGCCCAAGAAGCCGGCCACAGCAUAUUUCCUCUUCCUGGAGGACUUCCGCAAGAAGAUGAAGGGAAUCCCGCUUGAACCGGGCAAGCGUCUGACCGUUAUCUGCGGUGAGGAGUGGAAUAAACUGACUGAUCAGCAGAAGAAGCCGUACCAGGACCAGGUGGCCAUCAAGUAUCAACUCUACGAGGAAGCCAUGAGAGAGUGGAGGCUUAAGAAAGGUAUUCCUGAACCGCACAAAUCUCCAGCACAGCCUGCACAGCCGCCGAGCAUGAGUCACAUGCAGGCUGCCACCAUGCAGCAGCAACACCAGGUUCAACAGCAGCAACACCAGGUACAACAGCAGCAGCACCGACAGCACCUCAGCCAGGUUGGCCUGGGCAUGAGCAGCAGCUACAACGGCAGUACGCAGGCCGCCGCUGUCCACCAGCAGAUGCAGAUGCAGCGGAUGCACAUGCAGCAACAGCAGCAGCAGCAGCAGCACCACCAUCACCAAGCACCGCAGCCAGACGACGAGGAUGACGAUGAAUACGACGACGAAGACGACGAUGAUCUGGAAUAUGGGGACGAUGUGUAGAGGCCGAACUCAGACCACCACUGCCCCCCCCUGACCCCUCCUCCUCGUCCUCCCCCCUAAACUUGUGUCAAUACAGACUGUUCCGUAAUGCUUCAGUGAUAAAUAGGUGCAGGUCUUUUGUUUCCCUUAGAGGAGGCAAAGGAUCAAUCCACAGAACUAGCAAAGCAAGAAAGCUACAAGCUUGAGAUUGUAAAUGUCCAAGUAUCAACUUAGGAGCAAGUUCAAAAGCUGUUUUUUGUGUUUCUGGUUUUUUUUUUAUGAAGCUGCUCAUCUCGCUUUGUCGAAUUUGUUUUCUAAACAGUGCAGUUAUUCUCAUUUUCAAUAGAUUGAAAAGAAUCCUCUUUAAAAGUUGUCAGUCAGUCGGAAAGCUUUUACUGUAUUCGGCUGAUUUAUAACUUAUUUACAUCAAAUACAGAUAAUUUUCUGUUUUUUGCCCAAAUCGGUUUAAAGAUGAGUUAGUUGCAUUGAUGAGCUGGGCUCAAUGUUACCAAUCUGCUUACUGCAGAUUUCUGCACUUACAGUGUAGAAGUGUGGGCUUUACAGGAUGCUGUAAGCGCAGACAACUGCGGUAAGCAGCAUCAGGGCCCCAAUGCUUACUGAUUCUUUCCACAGUUGGUCAUCUCAAACCAGCAAACCCAUGGUUGGGACAGAUUCAAAAAGGAAUGGUCUGCUCUGCUUGAUAUUUGUUUACCAUCACCGGAUACCAAAGCUAUGACCCGUGGCCACCUCGCACCAUGGGGGACAAAUGGCAGUGCCAAAGUUGUCAUUGUACAUUGUGGGUAUUGAUUAUUUUUUAGAAAAGUAAAAAAAAGCUAAAGCCAUAUUUGAGCGUGCACACCUUAGUGUUUUGUCAUCAUCGUUUUCGUUUUUAUUUCUCUUGGUUUUUAUUCCUGUAACUUGCCGUAGGCUGUUUUUAGCUAUGUUUUUUUUUUUUUUUUUUUUUUUGAAGUGUGCUGUCGGAGGUUCUCCCAUCCCUUGCCCUUGCCUGGAUCCUCUCGUUAGUUAAUUACAGAAUUAAUUAAUUACAGAAAAUCGAUCACUCACCAAUUUUGGCAGUCUUUUUAUUCUUGAGGUUCUGCUCUGAACUUUUAAUGACUCAAAAUUUGUAUCAUGUCACAAAACUGAAUGAAUAAGGCCAGUCAAUUUUUGUUGAAAAGGAUUUCUAGAAACUGAAAUGCUGUGGAUAAGAAAUGUCACUAUUCUUACUAUUUUAUUGUUUAUUUUUUUAUAGUAGCUUCAGUGUGGUUUUUAGAGUACAUUUAUUAAAGUAUGGGAUUUGCUUUGCCUUUGACACAUAAGGGCAACUUGACACAAAGUCGAACAAAGUCAGAGGAAUAUUUUAAAAGUUAACAGUCAAACUGGUUUUCACAUGGGGCGAAACGGUCAUUGUGGCUUCAUUUUGUGUGUUUUCUCAGAUAACUAAGAGCUUAAGAUACAAGUUGUCGACCCAUUUCCCCCUUCCAUACUCUGACAGUUCCAACAACUCAAAUCGUACUUGAUGUUAAAUCAAUGUGAACUUUAGUUGAAAAAAACUAAUACAAAAAAAAUAAGCUAUAUUAUAUACAUUCUGACUCACACGGCAAGGUGGAGUUAAAAGUUUUAAACAAAGCAAUAAAUCACAAGAAGUUAGUUGUGGUGCUGAAAUUGUAAAACAGUUGUACUUAAACAAAACAUAAUGACCAUGCCUUUGUAAAACAGAUUACUAAGCAGCACACUGACUCUGACGCCUAGAUGUUUGUUCGCACGCCUUCUUUAUCAACAACCGUUCAGCAUUUUUUUUCUUAAAAAUUUUUACUUUGUACCAAAGGUGUAUGUAGAGGUUAAGCUCAUAUUUCCAGAGUCAUUCAGUUUGGAAGAGUGUAAUGAAUGGGAAGGAAAACUUGUAUAUUGCAACAACAAAAAAAGAUGCAUUUUAACUAAUUGGUAUAGUUUGACGGACAGAACGCGGUAAAUAAAUAAACUCGUGGCAUUCACGAUUGGGUGAGCAUGAUUUCAAAAUGGGACCGAUCCAUUUUAUGCAAUAGGCAGUUUGCAACAACGGCAGUGUGGCUUUUGAACGAGCCAAAAAAAUAAAGUGGUAUUACUUUGUGAUUUCCAGUUAAACAGGAGCCUUAGCUACUGAAGAUCAAGGAGAGAUGUUCACUGUUGUUGGAAUAACUCAAUGUCGAGAAAGAAAACCAUGAAACUUUGAGAGUGAAGUAAUGUAGUUGUGGUGUUGCAAACUGCCUAUUACAUUGGGCCUACAUUGUAGAAGCCAACGCAGCUAAAUGUUAACAGUGGAUCCAUUUUGUGUAUAAAAAGUCAAGUGCCAACAUGGUGAUCAAAAAUAGUCAGUUAAAAAAAAAAAAAAAAAAAAAAAAAACGGGAAAAAAAAAAAUUAAAUUGGAAAUUUUAGUGCUUGAGACAUAAAGCUGAUAGUAGAAGUAGAUAUUACGAAGAAAGAGACCGACGGUGAAAGUUAAGAAGAUGGAAAAAAAGGCAGAAAUCGGUUCUUUGUUAAAAAAAAAAAACCUGUAAGCAAGCAUUGUAUUUUAGAUUUGUAAUUGUGCGUUUAAUUGUCUUUGUGUUCCACACGUAAACAGUGUGUUUUAACGCUGUGAAUGAUUACCCCCAGGGGUCGACAAAUCACUGUUGAGAUCUGACACCCACCGAACUCCAAAACUCAAUCUCAGAAAGAAAGAAAAUUUAGAUAAUGAUUACGAAAUAAUUUGCCGAGUGGGGUUACAUGUACUUGACUUGUUCGUAGACACCUGGUGUGAAGAAAGUUGACAGAAGCGAGAGUGGGGCAUUUGAACUUGGCAUCUUUCCUGUUUCUGUGAAGAUGAAUAGAUUUUAAAACUGAAUAGUACAAAACCAAGGGAUGUGGUGCUGCAGACAAUUUUGUUUGGUUGAUGGAGCACUGAUGUAGUUAUUGGAAGGUAUCAAGUUCGAAUGCUGCUUUUGGAAAAGCGCUUCGUUUACUGGCAAGUAUUCAUUAAAGUGGACUAAACUUUUACACAAAGUAUUGGGGAAAAACCUCUUUACAUAGCUUAGACUCUUGCCAAAAGGGAGGUGCAAUAUUGGUAGAUUUCACAUUUUCUCAACAAUCAGGAAUUUCUUAAAAUGCUGCAUUGAUUAUCUUGCUGUGAAAAUCUUGCUAUAAAUUAGUUUUGUCCGAAGAGAAGUCAGCUAUAAAAAAAAUGCAUUUUAAAUGUUUAGGUCUAUAACUAAAAAAAGACAAUAACAAAAAUAAAAAGAAAGAAUCUUUGUUUGUAAUCUUUAAAUCUUCACCACUUAAGAUAGAAGAGUAAUGUUGCAUCCACAAAUUUCUAGUGGUCUAAAAGAAAACUUUCUUUGAAAUAAACAAGAAAUUUUUACCAAUGUUGUACCUACCCUUUUCACAACUUCACAACAUCUCUUGAUAAAUAUCGCGGUCUCAUAUUUUUCUUUUCCACAACUCGUUUUUCCUUUAUUUUUAUUUUUUUCCAGAGGUUUGUAUUAUACAACUUUAUGAUUGAUCUUUCACAAUUUUGAUAUAACUGUUUAAAAAACCAUUACAAAUGCAUUUGGGCUUCCAGUUUGACAACUUGGCGAGUAAAGUAUAAUUGUUAAAUGAUGAAGCCCAGGAUUUUGCCGAUCUCUGGAUUUGUCAACCUAUGGAACAGACCGUGGCCCUAUCUCAUAGAGCUGCUUAAGCACAUCAAGUUGCUAAGCACUAAAAAGUAUGCUUACCAGAAUAAGGUACCGGCUAAUAUACCAUCUCACAUGUACAGUCUUUCACUGGCAUCCUGCUCAUUUUGCUUAGCAUAACAUUGUAAAGCAACAAUUUCAUUGCUUAGCAAUUUCUUUUUGCAAGGCGAAACAUGAGUAGGGCACCAGUUGCAACUAUCUAAGCCAUAUGGAAUUUUCGCUAAUCAUGUUUCUGUUGAGCAAGAUUUUUUUGUGCUUAGCAAGUUUUUAUGCUUACAGGCUUCAUGAAAUUGGGUCUUGAUUUUUAAUUUAGUGUUACUAGAUGACACAGGAUGGUAAUGGAUGCCAAGACAAGGGGAAGAAAACAAAGUGCGUAGGAUGUUAUUUCAUGUGUAAAAAAAGGUGUUUUAAAUGUGGAAGAAACACCAUGACGAAAAAAACUGUGAAGAUGGGAAAAUAUUGUAGAUAUCCAUGACAUUUGCGAAUUUCUUUAAGAUCGUUUGAGGAAUUAUAAAUAUUUGUGAUCCCCCAUUCCUGUCCCUCCCCUAAUGUUUUGAAAUUGGUGUGACCUUGACAAUUGUUGCGAUGAGGCCAUUUUUAAAUGAUGUUAUGAACGAAGAAAACCAAAAGUAAGAUUUUGUAUGUGUUGAACCAACUGAAGUGUUUCUUGUGACAUGAAGAGACAACAAAAGGAAGAAAAAUGCUAUACAUAACUGAUGAUAUGAAAAAUGCAUAUUAUUCCCCGUUUUAUUGUGUAAAAACAGUAUUAAAUUAUCUUGAAUAUUUUUUUUUCCCUACAAGUGCCCAGUGUAUGAAGUUUGUAUACAUUGGAAGCAAUUAUGUAAAUGCCAAAUUUUUUGGUGACAUUUUUCGUAUUCAGGGAUUGGCACGUGUUUAAAUUUUUAUAAAUGCCAGCCACUUCUUAAAAGCUAACGUCCUGAAAGAGGCGUUGACCUGCCCUUUUUCAGUAAUUAAUAUUUAAUAUACCGUCACCCCGUCGUUAUCACGUUGUUGUACAAUUUAAAAUUGACAAAAUCAAUCACUGGAUUAAAUCACUGCCAAAAAAACACCACUAACACACACACACACACACAAAACCUUUCCCAGAAACAAAAAUAUAAACACACCCUCUCCCCACCCCCUGUUUAUUUUCUAAAUAAGUAUCAAAUAGUUUGGACUAUUUUAAGAAGAUUUCUGAUAGUAAAAUUUAUAAAAGGACCAUUCUCAAAAUUAAGUAUUAGGUGUUAGGUAUUUAUGCUGCGUAGCGUUUAGAUAUUGUUAUUCAAUAAAUGUAUAUUUAAAUCGUUUUCGUUUUUUAGAGUAAAUAAUAAUUGAUUAAUUAAUUCAUUAAUUAAUUAAAUCCUUUUCUUCAAAGCAUAUCAAAUAUUUCGGAGAGGAUAAGGUUCAAAUCUUGUCUAAAUUAAUCAACCUAAACCAUAAGUAUGUUCGUAAGAAUCUGAAGGCUACAUAAUGGAAAACCAAUUUCUUAUGUGAAACAUCGUCUUCCUUUAGUGUCUAAGUUAAUUAUAUAGGAUGGAUUAGGCAUUGAGUUUUCACCCGGGAAGAUAACCAGUAAAUGUAUUUCAUCCUUAUCCCCCCCAAAAUAGUCACUUAUCUGUUAAAUAAUUGUUAUAUCUUUGGUAUAACCUCAUUUUCAAAACUAUUCCAGAAUAGAGAGGCAAACCUAUUCUGUGAACUGGGUGCGCCAUGUCAUACUGCACUAUGCAGAAAACCAAAUGGUGUCACAGAUUGUAUUGAGAUUUUAAUUUGCGGUAAUAUCUUCUGCCCUUUCGAAUUGCAGUUUUGCCCUACUCAAACCUGUAAAAAAACACAACCCUUUUUUCAAUUUUGCAACUAGUGUUGGGUCAAAUUCAUGUGUGAUAGUUUGUGGUAUUAGUCAAUGAUAAUUUUUUCAAACUAUAGAUGGUUUUGCGACGUCACAUGUUUUGGACUUAGAUUUUGCAUAGUUAGUAAUAAAUGUGCUUGGCACAGUGGUACCAUACAUGGCAUACAUGUACAUUGCUGGUGUACAUGUAGAUGUUGCUAUGCAAGCUUGCACCAAAGCACAUGAAGUCAUAAAACCAGUCUGAAGUCAAAUUUCACGUAAAAAUUGCUAAAUAAGUGACUACAAUCAAGGGCCUGGGUAUUAUUCUGUAAAAGAAUUUUUAUUUAUUUAUCUUGCUCUUGUAGCAAAUUUAAUGCAAAUAUCCAAUUUGAAAAGAAAAAAACAAUCAAUGAAUCUAAUUGGCCACCUUAGAAUUUAACUUAUAACUGAUAAUUAAUAAUAUAAAUUAAGCCCUUGUAAAUCAUAGAUUUUCAAGUAAAACGUUUCGUGCACUAGGCCAAAGUAUUGUUAAAUUAAAAUCACCUUUUGAUACCCUUGAUUUUUGUAUGUAUCUCUACUGGGGUGAUUUUAUAAACUAAUUUAAGACCAUCCUUGCCAUUUUGUUGAUAAACAAUGACUAUCAAAGAUUCCAUGUUUUAAGUCGGACCAUUUAUAAGACAAAGUAUUGUAUUUUUCCUGAUCUUUUUAGCCUAUUUUGUUGUUGUUAUCACUGUACAUUAUUGCAAAAUCUUGUUGCUUCAUUUCAAAAUAUUUUUAUUUCGUAGACUGUUGUGAGUACUGUCAGUUAGUGUUCUAAAGCAACUAAAAAAAAACUAAAAAUAAAUGAAAAAAAAACUCCAAAACCUUUUUGAAGAAAUGACUGUGUUAUAACUGUUUGUGCAGCUCCGAUAGGGAGAACAAUAAAUACGCAAGAAAUUGGUCCCCCAAACAAUUGGUGUUUUUUCUUAUUUUAUUCUUGUUCUUGAAAGGUAAUUUCAAGCAAUUCAGGGUCAUAGAUUCGACUUAACGCUGAUUUAUAGGCACAGAAAUAGCCAAAUGUAAAAGAAUCGGAGCUGAAUGUAACCCCUACUUGCGAAGAAAAUGGCAAAAUAUUUCGCAUUUCUUUUAUAGAACAUAACAAAAAAUAAAACAAGGGGCAAGUGCAGCAUUUUUAACUUAUUUGGGCCAAACAUUGAUAUUUUGGGCCAAACAUUGAAAAAAAAAGCACAAGGGGUAACUCCAGCAUUUUUAUUGAAUUUGGCCCAAAUUUGAAAAACACAAUGGCUCAGUACAGACUUUUUUCCGAAUUUGGCCCAAAUUUAAAAAAAUCACAAAGGGUAAGUCCAGUGUUUUUAUCAAGUUUGGGCAUAAUCGUGAAAAAAUAACAUGGUGUAAGUCCAGCAUUUCUACCGAAUUGGCCCAAAUUU